AAGCCAGUAGCAGUGAUUAUUCUGAUCUCUUCUCAAUCAUGCUGUGUUUCAAAAGAACAUCAAUGAUAAUACCUUUAUUGAUCUUAAUAGUUGCAGACUUAAUUAAGGCAACAUCUGGAUUCCCCAAAUUAAUAACAGAGGAGCGACAUUUUAAAUACCAAGUUUCUCAGCAAAAAUGUCCUCCAGGUAAAUACAAGGUUUCAUCAUCAUCAUAUUCAAGCAAGAGCCAGAUACAAUGUGCUCCCUGCGAGGAAGGAACAUACACUGAGAAAGACAAUUCCCUGAAAGAAUGUCGCAAGUGUUAUGGGCCUUGUACAGGUAACAGUAUUGAGACUGUUCAGUGCACUCCUACAACAAAUCGCAAAUGCGAAUGUGAUUCCCAUUAUUAUUGUAUUACUGAUGACCCAGCUAAGUGUGAACAUUGUAAGGAGUGUGGUGAUAAGAAGCCAAUGCUAUCAGAUAAAGAAGAUUAUUAUAAAAGGACAUGCCAACCUUGUCCUCCAGGAACUUUUCUGAAUACCACACAGAAACUGAAAUGUCAGCCUCACACCAAUUGUACAGACUUGGGAAAAAUGCUUCACACUAAAGGUAACAGCACAGCUGACAAUUACUGUGUUGAAUUGCUAUCAACAAGAGGAGGAAAUGUCUCCUGCAUCACUAAAAAUGACAAGAAAUGCCAAUGCCCCCUUGGGUAUUACUGUGCAGUCUGCGGAGAUGGGAAAAAUCUUCCUUUAGAUAAGAAACACUACCAGAAGGUGAUUUGUAAGCCCUGUCCUCCCGGAAGCUUUCGGAAUAACACACAAAGACCGAAAUGUCAGCCUCACACCAAUUGCACACUGUUGGGGAUGACUGUCUACACUGAAGGUAACAGCACAGUUGAUAACUAUUGUACCGAUCCACUUCUCCUGCAGAAGAAUGAGCCGUGGAAAAAAAGAAACUCUUUAACUUCUUUCAUGGUUUGGAUUCUGAUUCCUUUGGCCAUUCUUUGCGUCAUCAUCGCAGUGAGAUCAUCACUGCGCAAGGUAUCAAAGAAGCAAGGAAUUGGAAUGCUGGUGAAACUGAAGUUUAUUUGCAUCUGUGGCGUCAAAGGUGAUAUUUACAAAGGGAGCGAUGACGAAGCAGAAAUAAAUGCAGGAACUUUGCCAGAAGCUGAGAAGCAAUGCGUGAAUGGAAUUAACUCUGAUUCAAAAUCAGUGACAGCAAUGAUGCCACUGAUAAGCAACAAAAUGACUGAAGCUCCUACAUACAAAUAUGACAUUCUCGACAUCGAAACAGUGUCAGCUGUUGUUCACCCUAAAGACAGUACAGAGGACAAUAUUCCAUUUCCAGUCCAAGAAAACGGGAGAAACUCAAACACCUAUUAUCCCAUUGAGGAGCAGAAUCAGAAACAAUAUAAUGAGCCUGUAACUAUGGGAAACAAAAAUAGCAUCCAAACAAGCCAAUACUUUGAAAGCAAUAAAUAGUGACUGUGUCAUAUUUCUGUCCAAACUCAGCUUCCUGCAGAACACACAAGUUAGUAUUAUCAGUGCGAGGUGGUUUAUAAAGGUGCACAUGGCCAUUGACUUGAUAUCUUUGUCAUGAGGAACCUGUUCAGCAGGAAGCGAGGAGAUGUGUCUGAGGGCUGUUUGGAACCAAAGCUCUUUUCUUGGCAUUUGAUUACAUGAAAACAACUAAAUCAAUGAAAGCACUCAUCUCACCGGAAUAUUUUAACUUAGCAGAAAUCUUCCUUAAGUCAAUCAUCCAUUCCCAAAUGUGGAUCCAUGUCAGAAAGGCGGACAUCUCGUUUUUUGUGGAUUUGCAAAGUAGACCAGACUUGAACAUACACCUACAAAGAUCUGUUGGCCUCUUUUUAAACAAUUCACAGAAUGCCUACAGUACAGAAGCAGGCCAUUCAAGUAUCCAGUCAACAACUAUUGGGGUUUUGUAGGGGUCAGUGGUUAAUGUAACAAAUUUUUAAAAUUCCUCUUCAAAAGAAACAAGGUUUAUGGAAAAAAACCAGCCAUUAGCCAAUUAAACUGGACUCUCUUCUCCAGAUUUUUGAGAUUCUGAGUCUGCAACAUGUUAAAAUGAGAAUUAUUGGAGGUGAUAAUCAGCUCAUUGGCAAAGAUCCUGUUUUAAAGAGGAGCAAGAAAAUCCCCAGUGAAAAGUCGAAGCUGGCGCAGUGCUGAGGGAGUCCUCUACUGUCGCAAGUGUGUUUUGGGAUAUGAUUAUGAACCGAGCCUACGCUUGCCUCCUUAGAUGGGUGCGAAAGAAUUCACAGCUUCAAACAAAAAUGGGAGCAAUAUUGAGAGAGAUAAUGGGAACUGCAGAUGCUGGAGAAUCCAAGAUAAUAAAAUGUGAGGCUGGAUGAACACAGCAGGCCAAGCAGCAUCUCAGGAGCACAAAAGCUGACGUUUCGGGCCUUCUCAAACAGUGAUUGUGGCGACAGUUAUUAAGAGAUCAGCGGUGCGUAAAUUGGCUGCUGCAUUUAAUCGAGUCACAACUGGUUACAUAAGGUUGCUGAUUAUCGAACCCAGUUCACUAAGUGUCAGGUACAGCUGCGCUUUUCGCAAGAGUAGCUGCACUCCCAAAUAAAUCACAGAUGAGAAGCUCUCUCAGGUUUUUGAGACACACACACACACACACACACACACACACAGCAACAUUAUAUCAAUGCAUGUUCACUUUUUUCCUGCAAAAUUGUUUGUGCUCAUAGAUUUUCAGAGAUUUAGAUACAGGAAAAUAAUUUAUAUGCAACACUUAAGAUAACAGAGGUUGUGAUCUUAGCAGCUCCAGGAAUUUUGCCCUUUAGAUUUGUGUAACUUAAACCGUGUUGGUAUCCAGCUAUCGCAGCAACUGGAGCUUUCGUCUAUAGAAUAAGCAAUAUUCUUUUAAAGUAAUAACACACACUUUAGAAGCUUGUCUUUAUAAAACACUGCUCAUAUUAUGUAAUG